UUAGUGUGCGACAUUCUGAAAUAUAUGUCCCCAUCUCUCUCUGUAUUUCAACUAUUUUUCUCUCUCUCUAUCUUUACAAUCAAGACAAGAUAGAAAAAUUGAUCCACAAACAGUCAUCUAAAAUGAAGAGAUCAGUUGCACAAAUGGUGAUUCUGUGUCUCAUUGUGUCAUGUACCAUUGGAGAAAUCAAAGCUGUAAGAAGCAACUCCGAUGGAUCCGAAGCUUGGGGAUACGUCGAAGUUAGACCAAAAGCACACAUGUUUUGGUGGCAUUACAAAAGUCCGUAUAGAGUUGAAGAUCCUUCUAAGCCAUGGCCUAUUAUCCUCUGGCUGCAAGGUGGACCUGGAGCUUCAGGAGUUGGAAUAGGGAAUUUUCAAGAGGUUGGUCCAUUAGAUACAUUUCUCAAGCCCAGAAAUUCUACUUGGUUGAAGAAAGCUGAUCUCUUAUUUGUGGAUAGUCCAGUUGGGACAGGGUACAGUUUCGUAGAAGAGAAGGAAUUGUAUGUGAAAAGUGAUGAAGAAGCAGCCAAGGACUUGACCACACUCUUGCAACAACUCUUCAACAAAAAUCAGAUUCUGAACCAUAGCCCUCUAUACAUUGUUGCUGAAUCUUACGGAGGUAAAAUCGCGGUUAAGCUCGGUUUAUCCGUUAUCAACGCGGUUCAAUCUGGCAAACUGAAGCUUCAUCUUGGAGGAGUAGUUUUGGGAGAUAGUUGGAUAUCCCCUGAAGACUUUGUGUUUUCAUGGGGACCUCUUCUCAACUAUGUGUCAAGACUUGAUUAUAACGGGAUGGAUCUCUCUAAUAGCUUAGCUGAGAAGAUUAGAAAACAACUCAAGAAUGAUGAAAACGUUGAAGCCACGGAAACGUGGAUGGAACUCGAAUCCAUUAUUAGCCUCCACUCCAAUUCCGUCGAUUUUUACAAUUUUAUGUUGGAUUCUGGCAUGGACCCUCUCUCGCUUACAACGAGCGAAGAAACAAGAAAAGAAAAUAGAAUAUUAAAGAAGUAUUCGAAAUAUUUAAAUGAUUUGAGAAGUGCGAGUACCGUUGAUGAAGGUGACCUUGAUACAUUGAUGAAUGGUGUUAUCAAAAAGAAGCUCAAGAUUAUUCCUAAAGACCUCGUAUGGGGGAACAAUUCGGGUAAUGUGUUUUCAGCGAUGCAAGCUGAUUUUAUGAGACCCACAAUCGAAGGCGUCGAUGAGCUCCUUGCCAAGGGAAUAGAUGUGACCAUCUAUAAUGGACAACUUGAUGUUAUCUGCUCAACAAGUGGAACUGAAGCAUGGGUUCGCAAGCUCAAGUGGGAGGGGCUACAAGAGUUUGAGAAGAUGGAAAGAGAGCCUCUAUACUGUGAAAAUGAUAGAACAACAACAAGAGGAUUCACCAAAUCAUUCAAAAAUCUCCAUUUCUAUUGGAUUCUUGGAGCUGGUCAUUUUGUACCAGUAGAUGAACCAUGCGUUGCAUUAAAAAUGGUCGGAGAUACAACUAAAUCACCACAGCUUUGAAGUCUUUUGACCGGUCUUUCUUCCGACCUCUCAUCGCAAACAUGACAGUACACAAGAGAUGAGACACCUUUCAUUCUGAUUGAUUUCAAUAUCACUAAAACGUUAAAAACAAAAGAUGUUUCAUCUGUAGUUAACAGUGAAACUUACAAAUUAUUUGUUUUUUU